AUGCUCCUUCUACCAUACAUCAGCGUACUCCCACUCCUCUCGUUGGUUGCUGCCAACAGAGUGGACUUCGACCAGGACGUCAAUUCCCAGGUGUGUGCUGGCAUAUACUCCAAGCACGACUGGGGUGGAUCAUCCAAGCCCCACAUAGCGUUCACCCUCAACCAGUAUGGGGAUGAAAAAUACAGUGGUGGCGGCAAGAAGGAACUCGAAUACAAGAACAAAGACGCCAUAGCCGUAAGCUAUGUGGUGUUCGAGUACAAGGACUUGAGCAACAUCGGAGUGCGUGACCAGGACGGCAAGAUGAACUACAUCUGUGACGACAUAGCCAUCAACGAGGGCUUGUGUGACAAGAAGCAGAAGGACAAGUUCAUCGUCAACAACAACGUCACCAACUCGACGGUGUUGACCAACGUGUUGACCCACUUGGGCCCUGCCCAGAUCGACUACCCCAUCAACAAGACCGGCUACUACUGUGUGGCCACGUUCACGUUCAGCGACAAGAAGUACCACGGACGGAUCAACUUCCAAAACGCGUUCGGUGAGUUGAGUGCCAGUGAAAUCCCAAAGUUGCCCGCCUACGGCAUCUUGGCGGUGUGUUACGCCAUCGCCUCCGCGCUCUUUGGAUUCCAGUUCUUCAAGAAAAGAAAGGAAAACCAGAUCUUGCCCUUGCAGAAGUACUUGUUGGCCAUGAUCGGCUUCUUGACCUUCGACACCGUGGUGGUGUGGUCCUACUACGACUUGGUCAACAGAACAAAAAACCCAGCCUCUAAGUUUGUGCUUGCCUACAUGGGGUUCUUGUCCAUCUUGAACGCCCUCAAGAUCACCUUCUCGUUGUUUCUCUUGUUGUUGAUUGCCUUGGGUUACGGCGUUGUCACUCUCAAGUUAAAGAAAAAGGUGAUGUUGAGAUGCAAAAUCUUGGCUGGUGUCCAUCUUCUCGCAACCGUGGUAUAUCUUGUUUCUACCUACUAUAACGGACAGAGCAACUCUACUCUGUCUUCCAGGGAUUUUGGUGAGGACGAUUUUGGCGGCUUGUUGGGCAUGAUUCCUUUGAUUCCAGUCACCCUCACAUUAUCAGCAUACUACUUGGCCAUCUUGAUUUCUAUCAAGGCCACCACCGCCAACUUGCACCAGCAACGUCAAGUCAUCAAGUUGCAAUUGUAUGAGAGACUUUUCAGAAUCAUCUUUGUCGCUGUGGUCAUGACGCUUGGUGGAUUUACCUUCUCGUCGUUCAUAUUCUUAGGAAUGAACAAUACUGAGAUCGUGGAGGAGCACUGGAAGUCUGCGUUCUUCCUCUUUGAGUUCUGGCCCAGUGUUGUGUUCUUCUUUGUGUUUGUGGGGAUCUCCUGGUUGUGGAGACCCACCGAGACCAGUUACAUGUUGGCAGUGUCCCAACAAUUGUCUGGAGGGGAGAAUAUUGGCGAGGAUGGCGAGGAACAGACGGGAGCUGGCUACCACCAAGGUCACGAGUUCGAGUUGGACGACUUGUCGUUAUUGAGCCAUAGCGAUCAUGAACAGGCCCGUGACAACGACAGCUUCGAAUUGAGAGACUCUUCGGGUCCCUCCACCGCUCCACCCGUGUACGAGGAGUUGGAAAACGACAACAAUAAGAAGAAUAAGAAGGACCUCCAUGUGGAAAACGAUAACACCUUAUUUGACGUGGGUGAGGACGAGAGUGACCAUGAUAGAGACGAUAGAUUAAGAGAUUAG